GUCAUACCUCGCGUGGCCAACGGCUCUCAACCGACUGCUCGCUCAUUGAAUUACCGUAGUCAGCCGUUUCAGCUCCGUUUAGUGGAAUAUUAGCAAAAAAACAGGCUGUUUAUGCUCCGUCGGCAUCAUUAAACUAUACCGGUCUUCUGUGCAUUUGACUGCGGUGGCGGAGCGUGCUCUCCUGGGCUCGCUGGCUGGAUUUGGUCGGGGAGGCAGGGGGGAAGUACGGAGCUGGUCCCGAGUGAUGAUGGAGCUGGAGACGGCUAGUAACAGGGGCGACCUGGGAGCUGUGGGGGACUCGGUGCAGCCACAGACUCCAAGCAGGCACGAAAAGAGCUUGGGACUGCUUACGACCAAGUUUGUGACUUUACUACAGGAGGCGAAGGACGGAGUGCUGGAUCUGAAAGCUGCAGCAGACACCUUGGCAGUGCGGCAAAAAAGACGCAUCUAUGAUAUCACUAAUGUCCUGGAGGGAAUCGGUCUGAUAGAGAAGAAGUCUAAGAACAGUAUCCAAUGGAAGGGUGUGGGACCGGGGUGCAACACCAGGGAAAUAGCCGAUAAGCUGAUCGAUCUGAAGGCGGAGCUCGAUGACCUGGCUCUCAGGGAACAAGAGCUGGACCAGCAAAGAGUCUGGGUCCAGCAGAGCAUCAAGAAUGUCACAGACGACUCCAACAACAGCCCUAUGGCCUAUAUCAAACAUGAAGACCUCUGUGGAGCUUUCAAAGGUGACACACUUCUGGCUAUCCGUGCUCCAAUAGGCACACAGCUGGAGGUGCCCAUCCCAGAGGCUGUCCUCAACGGACAGAGGAAAUACCAGAUUCGUCUCAAGAGUACAUCUGGUCCCAUCGAGGUUUUAUUGGUCAACAAGGACCCGUCCAGUGCCUGUCCUGUUGUUUUGCCUGUCCCUCCCCCAGAUGAUGUCCUCCAGAGCCUCCCAGCACCGACACCUACCUCACAGCUGCCCGCUGCUGCCUCACAGAUCUCAAAAGCAGCUCCUUCCACUGCCACAAAACAAGUUAUGGCCACCGGUCCUGCAUCCAGCCAGACAUCAACAGACGUGCCGAGCGCCGCCCCGACAGAGAGGCCUGCAGCCGUCGCCCAGCAGCUGCAGUCCUCCGCCUCUCUGGACGGGUCUGCGUCCUCCUCUGCCUCCGUGUUCGAGCCAGUCAAGACCGGCCCACCCGAAUUGCUGGACUUCCCCAAAGAGCUGUCCGAGUUGUUUGAUCCAACAAAAGAGAUCAUGAGCGGAGACCUGUUGGAGGACUUGAUGUCAUCAGAAGUCUUCUCGCCUCUCCUCCGUCUGUCCCCCCCGCCCAGUGACCACGACUACAUCUACAACCUGGACGAGACAGAAGGCCUUUGCGACCUCUUCGACGUGCCCAUCCUCAACCUCUGACCCCGAGACUGAUGGCACCGCUCACCCAAAUACGCUAAUCUGUCCUCAGUGUCUCCCCGUUUGGCCCCGCCCACUGACGGUGGAGGUGAGGGGAGGGGCAGGAAGGCCCACGCCAUCGGCUGAGCAUGUAAAGGAAACCUCCGCCUCGCCCCGGCCAGCCACAGCUGAGCUCAGACACAGGCCUGAUGUACAGAAAUCCAGGCGAGAGAAAGAAAAAACUCCUUUUACUUACUGCUUUUCCAAGGAAAAAGAUUCAAAUUUAUAUUUUUGGAUUCUUGUGUAUAAAGCAUUUCGUUUGUGUAUCAAAUUGUGAAUGAAUGUGUGUGGCAGUGGGUGUGCUUUUGUACUGAAUUAUCUCACCGGGAAAAAACAAAACCGAAAAAAAAAUUAUAGAACCCCCCCCCUUUUUUCCCCCUUUUUUUUAUUUUUAUCAGGGCUGGAGACACAGCAGUCUGACAGCUCAUGUGGGAUCCCAAACAGCUGGUUUAAUAUGCACUGUCUUUAUGUACAUAGAGAAUAUAUAUUUGGUAUUGCCAGCACAUGAGACUAUUGAGGGCAGUUGUUUAUGAACUAACAAAGGCAGCUGACUCAAAUAAUCAUGCCUUUCUAUAUGAUGUCAGAAAGAUGAAAAAUUAGCUGAUUUUUAGCCAAAUCUAUUGGCCAUUAUAAACAAAGAGUAACUUAAAGCUCGGCUAUUCAAGCCAAUUUACUUUUAAUGUAAAGAAAAGCACCAAAAAUAAAGAGGUUGGGAGGAAAUGUGUCAUUUUGCAUCAGCACCUGUUCAAAAAAGUGUUACGUGUAGAAAAAGAAAAGUGUUACAUGUAAACCCGGAAUGGGCUGAAGGAAAGUGUGUAAAUCUGCUCCCAAAUGUGCUGGACGCUGCCAUUAGGGCAAUUCCUCACCGAGUCCGAUUGAAAUUCAUCCAGUAAACGACACCACAAGCUUUUUAUGGCAGGUGUUGUAUGUAGAACCCUCUGGGCUGAGUAUGUGUGUCAUGAAACGGGCUCCGGUUUGGCCUGAUUUUUGUCUUACUCGGAGCCUCACUCGGUCUUUACAGGUCGUCCUCGUUUGUGGUAAAACCAGCCUGGCCCUCUAAAUUGGACGUUUCCUGCCCUGUUUGUUCCCUUUGCGGAGGACAGAGCGGCCGGUGCGGCCGAGCACACAAAUACCCUCGUAUUAUGUCCAGUUUUGCCUCGGAUGAUGUGUGCGUGUAUGUAAAGUGCGUCCUGUGUAUAUCGCUCUACUGCUUGUAUAGAAUAGCAUUUAUUUUUUUAUACCAGCUAGAUAUAUUAUUACAGGAUCGUUGCUACUAAUUAGGGGCUAUACUUCAAAGUUAAAGGACUUUAUGGAUUAAAAAACCCUCUGCUUUGCCAGAGCUUCCUGUCUGGCUGUUGCACUUUUUACACCUUUGCUACAGGCUGCUGGCCGUGCGUCGUCUCCCCGCCUGAAGCCAGUCUUGGUUGUGGGGGGCAGUGUUUUUUGGCCCAGUCAGAAAGCUCUGGAGCAGCGGGUCACAUGACUCCCGUCUGUGUGAGACUCCAACAGACUGUUUUCAACAGCUGUAGUUGUGUCGGUUUAAACAAUUAAACACUUUUGGUAUCUUCUGUG